AUGCGCACGGCAUCCAACACUUCCUCCAACACCCCGGAUACAGACCAAACCCUCGCCAUCGGCCUCGCCAUCCUGUCAGAGCGCAUCGUACGCGCCGAGCGCGCCGCCAAAGACAAGGCGCCCGCACCGCGCAGCCCCUUUUACAGCCUAGAAGCCCAAGCCGAACUCGUAGAGGACUUUGAUUUCCUAGACCUCCUCGACGAUCUGCUCGAGCGCGGCGGGCCCGGGAAUGCGCUGUCAAGGGCGCAGCUGCCACGGGCAACAUCAUCGACGUCCUCGACGAUUUUUUAG